AUGAGUAGAGAUAAGAACAUCGAUGAUAUCUUAUUAGACUUCGAAGAAGAAGCGUCAAUAUCCAGAGAUGAUACAACCACUACUUCCAAACUAAAAUCCACGACAAAUAUCUAUCAAGAAUUAAUCACAGCUAUGAUUAAUGAAAGAAUGUCCCCAGAGAUCUUACCCUAUGAAAAACAUCUAAUGGACACCGUUCUAACACAAAUAUCCAACCAGGAACAAUAUCUUUUAGAUUCCCAUGAAUAUGGAGAUAUGAAUUCGGAAGCAGGAGUAGUAUCAAGUGAUUUCAAAUUACAAUUAAUGAUUAUUGAGACUGAUAUUGAAAGAUUGAAUUAUUUAGUACGAUUAUAUUUACGAACACGAUUAUCCAAGAUUGGUCAAUUUACGAUAUUUUACAUUAAUGAAACCAGCGCAGAAGAUGAAGAUUCAAAGGGAAGAUUAUUAUCAGUUGAAGAGAUGCAAUAUAUGCAUAAAUAUUUCAAAUUGUUGACUUCAUUAUAUAACAAUUGUUUCCUUAAGAAAUUACCUCAUUCACUUACAUUAUUAGAUGAUACUAGUGGUGGACAAUCGAUGAUUGUUGCUCCAGAUUUAGAUCAACCGGUAUUUAUUAAAUCAAACUCCAAGACCCCAAUAUUUUUGGAUAUCGGAGAAGGAGAUAAUUUAGAACUAAAUAAAGAUGGGAUCUAUGUGGUGAGAUAUCGACUUGUAAGGAAAUACAUAGAACUAGGAGAUAUAGUGUUAAUAUAA